AUGUUCCGUAGCUGGGAUUGUUAUAUAGAAGACGAGGUAAAAGUCAAGAUAACUUAUACCGAACGAAGGUUCUUCAGCCUCGAUGGAAAUGUCCGGAAUAAGCUUACCGGAGGCGAACCCCUGGUCCUCGAAAGCUUGCUCUAUGGGGCCUUUUGCGUUCUGUUCGUUGCUGCAAUUUGGGCAAUCUUCUCGAGGCGUCGCGAGGUCAAUUAUAAACUUCUUACGACAAUGGUGACCAUGUGGGUCCUUUCCACUCUGCACUUGGUGUUGGAUAUCGUACGGGCAAAGGCUGCCUUUGUCGAUGUAGGAGCGAACGGGAGCAACAGAGCUCUGGAGUAUUAUGGGAACUUGUCAGACCCGCUGCAGGCAGCCAAAACGGCCGUCUACGUGACGCUCACUCUAGUAGGGGACGGGUUCAUGAUUUAUCGGUGUUAUGUUGUCUGGGGUCGGUGGUACAUGGGCCUCCUGCCCGCGCUGAUGCUCUGUGGAACCGGAGUCGCCGGAUUUGGAGCCACUUAUGAGUUCUCGCAGGCUGCACCCGGCGCUGAGGUUUUCCUCCCGGAUAUCGUCCCAUGGGUUACAAGCUUCAUUGCUUUGACAUUUUCCACCAACGUGCUUUGUACUGCGCUCAUCGUCAUUAGAAUCCUUUCUGUUCAGAGGAGGGUGGGUGGCUUGAAUGCGAAAUCGCCGCAAAUCAACUUCUCGCUCAGGGCAAUCGUCAUCAUAACGGAAUCGGCCGCGCUUUACUCUGCCUCAGUACUUUCGCUGCUGAUUUCGUACAGCGUUAACUCCAACGGACAGUAUACUGUGCUCGAUUUGACAUCGCCACUCAUCGGGAUCGUCUUCACUUUUAUCAUCCUUCGAGCAACUCUAGUCUCGGACUCGGACCAGGUUUAUGCGUCUGCUCCUCGAGCAAAUCUACCUAGUGCUUCAAGAUAUGCAACAGGGGUAGGAUCUGAACACUACGGGAUGCAGCCGAGGGGGACGCCUGUCGCAGUGAACGUCACACAACUCAUCGAGACAAACGAUAGUCUCGACCAUAAAAUGUCGAAUAACACGGUGGUUUGA